UUUUAAAUGGUUUGUUCGUUACCAAAAACAAUCAUCUGAAGACUGAAGCUAUCAUAGCUAUGUCAGUUGUCAAUGUUGUUGGCAAUUCGCAAAGCUUGUAAAUUUUGAACUCAAGCAUAGUGUUGCUUGAUUAGCUUAAAUUCUAGGUCUCGUCGAUUUGCCGAUUGGAAAAUUGAAAUGGGGAUUUCAGAUUCUCUUGAGGAAACCUCGCCUUUGGUUGAUCUUAAUGUUUCGUCUGAUCGCGCAAAAAGUCAAACGAGAGAUGUUCAUAUAUUGAGCUUAGCUUUCUUGCUUGUUUUUUCUGCUUAUGGCGCUGUUCAAAAUUUGGAAAGUACGGUCAAUGAUGAAGGUGAUCUGGGAACUAUAUCACUGGGGAUUUUGUAUGUAUCGUUCAUGGUAUUUUCAUUUUUUGCAUCGUUGGUUGUCCGGAAAUUAGGGUCAAAGUAUUCUCUGCUACUCGGAACUACUGGCUAUUGGUUGUUUACAGCUGCAAAUUUGAAGCCUAAUUGGUACACAAUGAUUCCCGCCUCUGUUUAUAUGGGAUUUUGUGCUUCGAUAAUAUGGGUUGGGCAGGGAACAUAUUUAACUUCCACCGCACGAAGUCAUGCCAGAGAUUGCAACAUACAUGAAGGAACUGUAAUUGGUAACUUUAAUGGAGAGUUUUGGGGGAUAUAUGCAACUCAUCAGAUCAUUGGAAAUCUUUUGGCACUCUUUCUCUUGAAAGAUGGUAAAGAGGGGGAUUCGGCUGGCAGCAGUGGUGCUACUGUUCUCUUCUUUGUGUUCCUUUGCAUUUUGACCAUUGGUUGCAUAUUAAUGUGCUUUUUGCAUAAAAGAGAUGGCAGAGUUGAAGACCAGCCUAAAGAGGCUUCCAUCAGCUGCUUCUCUUAUGCAGUCUCUCUGGCAAGAUCAGUUGUGACGCCUUUGCUUGAUGUUCGCAUUUUGUUGAUUAUUCCCCUUUUUGCAUAUUCUGGAUUACAACAAGCAUUUGUCUGGUCGGAGUUCACAAAGAAAAUUGUAAAGCCAGCGAUGGGAGAGUCUGGUAUUGGUGGUUCGAUGGCAAUCUAUGGGGCCGCAGAUGCUAUUUGUUCUCUGGUUGCUGGUCGACUCACUUCCAGUGUCUCAUCAGUUACGUGGAUUAUUGUGGGUGGAUCUUCAGCUCAUGCCAUUAUACUACUAUGGAUUCUGCUUACAUACAGCACGGCUAGUGGAGUUCUUGGAACGGUCUAUCCGCUCUUAAUGGCUGCAGCACUGGGAAUCGGUGACGGAGUGUUGAUGACGCAGAUCAACGCUUUAUUGGGGAUGCUAUUCAAACAUGACAUGGAAGGAGCAUUUGCACAGUUGAAGGUUUGGCAGAGCCUUUCAAUUGCAGUUAUCUUCUUCUUGACACCUUAUAUAUCACUGCAUCUCAUGGCUGCCAUUAUGCUUACUGCACUGUGUCUCGCGUUGGCUUCUUUUUUUAUCCUCACCCUCAAAGUCGUAAAAGCGUCUUCUUCUCAUCUUUCCGAAGCCUAAGCUUUCCUUCUUUAGCUAAGUUUUUCUCAAAUUACAAGAUGAUGUAUUUUGCCUUACUAUUUUUAUUUGUUCCAUUUCAUAGUUGUUUUGUAAAUACAAUACCAUCAAUCUAAUGAUUCUCAAUGGAUUUUAAUAUUGUUGUCUUUAA